AGCUUCUCGACUACUGCCUUAUCGCGCUUAUCGGUCUCCCGACUAGCCACCGAGCGUCAUAUUUCCAAAGUUCCAGAGACAACCUCCCCACCUACUUUCCCGAAAUCUGCUUUUGCGCAUAACGGAGCUCUAGACAUCAUGGAUAAUGAUCCUCAAGCCCCCCCGGCCCCUCCCGAGGCCCCUGACAAGGAGAAGAUGGAUCAGAUUCGAAGACGACGUCUCGAGAAGCUGGCAGGGCCAUCAACUCCAAAGACAGAGAGCAGCGCAUCCUCGACACCCCCGAAUCCUACUCCAGCUGCGGUACCAGUUGAGAAAGUAGAACCUGCGCCAGCUCCGAAAACAAAGAUCAAUAUCACCAAAGCCUCGAGCCCAGCCUCGGAGAAUCCAUUCACGCAGAUCGGUGCUCGCUCCUCGAAUGGCACAAAUACUCCCACCGUAAGAAGUCAAAAUGCAGCAGGUACAUUAAAGCGACCACGAGCUGAAUCAGACGGACAGAAUACUCCCAAAAGCACCCCGCGUGCGCCCCCAGCCAGCGAGUCGCCCGAGGAUUACGAGAACAGAACACUGAGCAUUAUAUUCCGUAUUACCCUUGAUCCGAACCAUAAAUUCGACGGGGCAAAUCACCGAUUAAUAUACUUGCCGAAUCUCAGACAGGAGCUUGAGGAGGACAAUGUACCAAUCAUGUUGACGAAGGAGAGACUCGAUUACGCUAUAGUCGAAGCGGCUUCAACCAUCCCACAUAAUAAAUCUAUUCUGGACUACUUACUUCCUUGCUGGAAGAGAGUAGUUAAGGCGCUGAAAGGUCUGAAAGGCUAUGCGAAUUUCAGGGACGAGAUUCUGAAAGAGGCGAGGAGAAUGUGCAUGAGCAACUGCAUAUUUGCUUCCGAGGUACCCGAGCUUUUUGGGCGUGAACCAAAUGCCUCGACCGAUUCUCUCAUGCCCUACUUGUUACUAGAUGGUACUGAUGACAAAGGCAUCUGUCCUGAUUUCUUGACUGAGAUAGUGUCAAGAAUUGAUGAAGACGAUACAAUUAAGCCUAUGCUAACGAAGGCUGUCGUACGGUUAAGCGAAGCUCUUUCAAAGAUGACUAUGAAUGACAACUACAAGCCACAUAUCAAUGCGCUCAAGACGCUCUGCCAGUUCCCCAAGAUCCUGGACGCAAUUGCUCAAGACCCUUUGUUUCAGAUGGCCACUUCAGCACCCGCAAUUGAAAAGCUCACAAUUCUUGGUCCUUUCUUCAGGAUAUCCCCUCUUCAAGCCGAGGUUACCAAGGAAUACUUUACCGGACCAAAGACUAUGGACAAGAGACGCAUUCACACCUCUCAAGAAGCCCUACGGUUGACGUUGCAGGCUCAUCAAAGAGACUUACUUGACAUCGUCAAUUCCUUCGUUCGUGCGAGCCCUACCACACGCAACAAGAUUCUGGACUGGUUUGCGUAUAUCGUCAAUUCCAAUCACAAGCGACGAGCAUUACGGCCAGAUCCUGCAACGUUGUCCACGGAUGGGUUUUUGAUGAAUGUAACCGUAGUUCUUGAUGGACUCUGCGAGCCUUUCAUGGAUACCAUGUUCUCGAAGGUCGAUCGUAUAGAUAUCAAUUAUCUUAGACGUCGUCCUCGAGUUGAUAUCAAGGAUGAAACUAAGCUCAAUGCUGAUCAGAAUGCGUCCGAUGAAUACUAUGAGAUCGAGAUUCCUGGGACUUCAAACUUUAUUUCCGAAGUCUUCUUUCUGAACCUAGCUGCUCAUCACUAUGGCAGUGAGGCAACCAACAGCAUGCUGAAGACUCUUGACAAGGAUAUCAAGUAUCUUGGUGAGAAGAUUGCGCAACUAGAGGCAGAACGCCCAAAGUUUAUGAAUUCUCCCGUGAAUAUGGCUCGAUUUGAGGAACAACUCAAGAGAUUCAACGAAGUAUUGGACAAGUCUAUGUCACUCAAAUUUGCUGUUGAGGGCGUUCUCUUCGAUAAAGUCAUGCAAGCAAAAUCCUUGAUGUUUAUGAGAGUUGUAACCGUAUGGCUUCUGAGGAUUGGUACAAACUCGGACUAUACCCCUGAGAAGACCGUCAAGUUGCCACUUUCGGAUGAACAGCCUGCAGCAUUCAAAUUCCUGCCUGAAUACGUGCUAGAAGAUAUCGUGGGCAACUUUAACUUCAUCUUCCGCUAUGUACCCGAGGUCAUGAUAUCCGCCGUUGGUGACGAGGUCAUCGCGUUAUGUAUCACUUUCCUAACCAAUUCCGAGUACAUCAAGAACCCGUACUUGAAGGCCAAGCUGGUCUCUCUUCUGUUCCAUGGAACAUGGCCUAUAUACCAUCGAACCAAGGGCGUCCUUGGGGAUGCGUUGACUGGAACCAAGUUCGCAAAUGACCAUCUUCUUCAUGCUCUAAUGAAGUUCUACAUUGAGGUCGAGUCCACGGGUGCGCACACGCAGUUCUACGACAAAUUCAACAUCAGAUACGAGAUCUUCCAGGUUAUCAAAUGUAUAUGGACGAACGAUGUCUAUAAGCAGCGUUUAACACAGGAGAGCAAGACAAACACGGAUUUCUUCCUUCGAUUCGUCAAUCUAUUACUUAAUGAUGCAACUUAUGUCUUAGAUGAGGCAUUGACAAAGUUCCCUAAGAUUCAUGAUCUCCAGGCUGAGUUAAGGCAAACGCCUAGCUCGCUAACACCUGAAGAACGAACCACCAAGGAGGAAGAACUCGCAACUGCCGAAGGUCAAGCACAAUCGUAUAUGCAGCUAACCAACGAAACGGUCUCAAUGAUGAAGUUGUUCACCAAGACUCUGAGCGGCUCCUUCACGAUGCCAGAAAUUGUGGACCGAGUUGCUGCCAUGGUCGACUAUACACUGGAUACUCUUGUCGGCCCGAAGUCAACCAACUUGAAGGUUGAGGAUCCCAAGAAGUAUCAAUUUGAUCCGAAGACUCUCCUUAGCGAAUUCGUCGACAUCUACCUCAAUCUAGGAGUAUCGGAAACCUUCAUCGAAGCUGUCGCCCGUGAUGGACGUUCAUACAAACCCGCAAACUUCGACAGUGCUUCACGAAUCCUCACACGCUUCAGCCUCAAGGCACCAGAAGAAGUUGCUGCCUGGGAAGCAUUAAAGGCCCGAUUCCAUGCCGUGAAGGAACUAGAUGACCAAGACGAGGAAGAUCUCGGCGACAUUCCAGACGAGUACACAGAUCCUCUACUAGCUACCAUAAUGACCGACCCCGUCAUCCUCCCUAUGAGCAGACAGGUUCUCGACCGAAGCACCAUCCGCGGCCAUCUCCUCAGCGACCCCACCGACCCCUUCAAUCGCUCGCCGCUGAAGAUCGAAGACGUGAUUCCGGACACGGAGUUGAAGGCCAAGAUCGACGCUUGGAGAGCCGAGAUGAGACAGAAGGCAAAGGCCGCAAGGGCGGAGAAGAUGGAUACGACGGAGGGGUAAUUCUUUUCAUGCAUCGGGCAGCGUGGGCUGGGAUUGGCGUUGUGUGAAAUCAUUGCAUGGGCUCUUGGCGAGAGCAAUUGCUAGGUUUUUAGCAUUGGUGCAUAGAUAGGAUUAAACCUGUUUUCCUAUCCAAACUUGUAUUCCUUCGUGAUUUGUGUGUCCCUGGUAUAGGUUCUGAUGUUGAUGCUUGAGCUUCAGACUUGCCUAGCUAGUGCUUCGUAGUCUAAUCACUUCACUCGACAGGCACAUACGAACUUGGCAAGGAGUGGAUAGGGCUUCGAUGCUCUAGCAGUCUCUCAAAGUUGCCAUUUGAAGGAAUGGCGAUUUAACAUUGUCAAUAGCGCAUCUGGAUGUUGCUUCCACAACUUACCAAAAAGUCAUAACACCAGAGGACGCAAUCUCAUAUACCCGUACAUUUAUUACUAUCUAAGAUCUUACAUCUAUUCGGGCCAGUCCUGUGACAUACUUACCUCUCCGAGAGUAGGCAUUU